AAAAGUGCUUUCUUAAAUGGCUACCUCAAGGAGGAAGUGUGUGUGAAACAACCUCCAGGAUUUGAAAGCAAGGAAUGUCCUGAGCAUGUGUAUAAGCUGGACAAAGCUCUAUAUGGGCUCAAACAGGCCCCAAGAGCUUGGUAUGAACGACUAUCAAAAUUCCUACUGGAGCAUGGGUACAAAAGAGGUAAAAUUGACAGCACUUUGUUCCUAAAGGAAAAAGGUAAAGACCUCCUUGUUGUACAAAUAUAUGUUGAUGACAUAAUAUUUGGGGCCACUUCUGAUAGGUUGAGUAAGGACUUUGCAAAAUUAAUGGGAAGUGAGUUUGAAAUGAGUAUGAUGGGUGAACUAAAUUUCUUCCUAGGCUUGCAGAUCAAACAAAGUCCAAAUGGAACCAUGAUUCAUCAGCAGAAGUAUACAAAAGAACUAAUCAAGAAGUUUAAAAUGGAAGACUCUAAAGAAAUAGAUACACCUAUUGCAACUGCCACUAAAUUAGAUGUUGAUGAACCUGGUUCAUCAGUUGAUCAAAAGUUGUAUAGGGGUAUGAUUGGUUCACUCUUGUAUCUUACUGCCAGCAGACCUGACAUUGUUUUCAGUGUAGGACUUUGUGCCCGUUUUCAAGCUAAUCCUAAAGAGUCUCACUUGACUGCUAUCAAGAGGAUAUUGAGAUAUCUGAAGGGGACUACUGAAUUGUGCCUAUGGUACCCUAAAGGUAGUAAUUUCGAUCUAGUAGGUUAUGCUGAUGCUAACUAUGCAGGUUUCCUAGUGGAUAGAAAAAGCACCUCAGGUAUGGCUCACUUUCUUGGUUCAUGUCUUGUAUCAUGGGCUACCAAGAAACAAAAUUCAGUAGCCCUAUCUACUGCUGAAGCUGAGUAUGUGGCUGCAGCUUCUUGUUGUGCUCAACUACUGUGGAUCAAACAACAAUUAGUAGACUUUGGUAUAGAAGUGGGAUGCAUACCAAUAUUCUGUGAUAACACUAGUGCUAUAAGUAUGACAAAGAACCCUGUUCAUCAUAAAAGGACCAAGCACAUAAAUGUGCGCGAGAAGAAGCGCGAACUCAUGCGCGAGCUCGUGCGUGUUAGGGGGCUGAGGCAGAAUGUUAGAGAAAACGCGCGAAGUUAUGCGCCAAAAAGGUUAAGUGCGCGAAGCUCGCGCGUUUCCCAGUCCGGAAAAGAAUUAUUCAGGGGAAAAAUUGGAAAUCUGGAGAGAAACCCACUUAACCUUGAUAAAGUCAAGCUCUCCCAAGGUUAA